AUGGGCCUAAAAGUCAACGGUGUCAACGACGCCCUCCCCAAGGAAACCAAGCCCAUUGAGAGUUUCGAGCAGCUUGCGAGGUUCGAGAGCCGAGAUGCGCCUGUCGUAACUAUGUUCAGCGGCGGCCUGGACAGCACCUAUCUGCUCCUCCGUCUUCAACAGCUCGGCUUUACCAACAUCCAUGCCGUGGCAGUUGAUGUUGGAGCGCCAGUUGAGGAGGAGAGCCUUACCAAGCACGCCGCCCAUUUUGGCGCCAAGUUCAAGCUUCUUGACGGCCGCGAGGCAUUUGUCAAGGAAGGUGUCAUGCCCGCUAUUCGCGCCCAUGCCAUGUAUCUGGGCCUCUUCCCCGUCAGCAGCUCCCUUACCCGCCCUGUCAUCGCGCGCCUCAUCACCGACUACGCCAAAGAGGUCAGUGCUGGUUUGCUGCUCCAUACAGCCAAUCUAUCGCAGAACAGUCUGCCUAGGCUUAACAACUGCAUUCGCCGUCUUGGUUUCCCUGGACAGUUUGGUAGCCCAUACCCGCACUCCGUCGUCUCGCGAGAGAGGAAGGCGGAAGAACUCAGCGUCGCCGGACUGACUAUCAUGUCCGAACGCAAGCUCAGUGGCGAUGAGAAUCUCUGGUGCCGAGAAUUCGAAGAUGGUCCUCUGGGUGACCCAGAAGGCUUCUGCAUUCCAGAAGAUGCUUACCAAUGGACCCGACGCCACGAGGACCACCCACCUCAGAAGCUCACACUUCGGUUCGAGAAUGGAAACCUCGUCUCAGUGGAUGGCAACAAAUUCCCUCUCAUCGAUGCCAUCGCGUUCCUCAACAGAGAAGUCGGAAAGUUUGGUCUUGGCCGAUUUGUCGGACUCGAGCCCCUGUCGACAGACGAUAAGGCUCUGGAGAUUCGUGAAGCGCCGGCCGCUGCGAUCAUCAUGGACGCACUUCGCCAUCUCGAGAUUGCUACGCUCGAGACCAAGACGUUGGAGCUGAAGCAACAGCUGGAGCAGAAAUGGGUUCGGGAAGCAAUCGCCGGCCACUGGGGAGGCAAGUGCCAUACCAUGUGCGAGGUUGCUAUUGAGAGCUCUUUGCAGGGCGUCAGCGGUAGCGUAGUAUAUGAUAUUGAUCAAUCGCGCUUCCUGCCCUGCUCCAUUGUAGCGCAGAACCCCCGUUACAUCCGGGAUCGGGACCACUGGGAGCGCGCACAGCAGUCUCUCUGGCGAAUCUGA